UUCACAAACUCUCUAGCUGUCUGCCUUUAUCAAAGUUUGGCUGCAUAAAAAUGCCGUUAGGUUAACCUUUGUGAUUGUAAGAUUCACACUGAAGUGGGCUCAAGCACGGCAUCCUGACCCUGGCAUUAAGGCAGCUGCCGGAAGAUGACCCUACAACCAUUAACUCCAGUGAACUGUGCAGGCCUCCUGCAGCAGGGCUUCUCUCUUCUGCAGCUGGAUGGUGAAGUCCUCCUGUUUGGCCAGAAAGGCUGGCCCAAGCGCUCGUGUCCUACGGGAGUGUUUGGCGUCCGGUUUAAACUUGGUGAGAUGAAGUUGAGGGCCAUCUCUUUCUCCAAUGACUCAUGCUACCUUCCACCACUGCGCUGCCCUGCUGUUUGCCGCCUCGACCCCUAUGAUGGGCUUCCAGAGAGUUAUCUCAUCCACGGUGGCCGCACCCCAAAUAAUGAGAUCUCCACGAGCCUGUACCUGCUGACCAUGGAUAGCCGUGGCUGCAAUCGUAAACUGACCCUGUGCUGCAAAGAGAAGGAACUGGUGGGAGAAGUACCCGGGGCCCGAUAUGGCCACACUAUGAGCAUGGUUCAAAGCCAUGGCAAGACAGCUUGUGUGUUGUUUGGGGGUAGAUCCUACAUGCCAGCAGGAGAGCGCACCACAGAGAACUGGAACAGCGUCGUCGACUGUCCUCCUCAGGUGUUCCUGUUUGACAUGGAGUUUGGUUGCUCCUCUGCCCAUACUUUACCUGAGCUUUGCGACGGACAGUCUUUCCAUUUAGCCGUUGCCAGAGAGGACUGUGUCUACUUCCUCGGUGGUCACUCGCUCUCCUCCGACUCCCGCCCCCCUCGACUCUUCCGCCUGCGUGUCGAGCUUUUGCAAGGCAGCCCCUUGCUUUCCUGUGAGACCAUUGAAACUAGCAUAUCCAUCUCAAGUGCCAUAAUCAGCCGUACUGGUCCUACUAGAUAUAUCAUCUUAGGGGGGUAUCAGUCAGACUCUCAGAAGAGGAUGGAGUGCAGCACUGUGAUUCUAAAUGAGAAAGGGAUCACCUUCGAGGCCUUAGAAUCACCUAAGUGGACCCAAGAUAUCACGCAAAGUCGCACUUGGUUUGGCGGCAGUGCUGGGGAGGGAACCAUCAUACUUGCUGUACCUACUGAGGGAAGGCCAUCCCAAACAGAGCAUUAUUUCUAUCAUGUGUGCUUCCAGACAGAGGGGGAAUCAAAAGAGGACGAAGAAGCCCAGGGCUGCAGCCAGGAGUCAACAGAUUACGACAACUCCACUCCUCUUGAAGACUCUGAAGAGCUCUACUUCGGCCGUGAGCCUCACGAACUGGAGGACAUUGAUGGAGAAGAGGGUAAUUACAAUGAGCAGGAUGAGGAGGACGAAUCGCAAACAGGCUACUGGAUGAAAUGCUGCCUUGGCUGUCAGCUGAACCCCAACACGUGGGAGCCAUAUUACUCCACUGAGCUCUUCCGGCCUGCCAUGAUCUUCUGCUCCAGAGGGGAGGGGGGGCACUGGGUCCAUGCCCAGUGUAUGGAGCUGUCUGAGCUGCUGCUGCUCAGGCUCUCUGAGGGCAGCAAAAAGUAUUUCUGCAUGGACCACGGAGGCCUGCCCUUCCAGGAGAUGACCCCACCUCGGCAGGUCACGCCUCUGAAGCGCACCCCCUUGAAGGUUAAGGACAGGAAAACUCCUCCAACCAUCAAGAUGUCCCCUGCCAAAAAAAGCUUUUUCAGAAGGCUUUUUGAUUGAGUUAAAUACUUUGUAUAAUGUGUGUAGAUGGUCACUAUAAGGAAUUGUAUGUUGUUCAGGAUGAUUUUAGUUUAUUAUCAGUAAAUCAUUAUGCUGAUCUGACCUCAAUCUGAAUCAUUUUGUCAAAAAAUUAAACAAUAAAAUUGACACCUGAUAUUUCCUGCCAAGCAGCUGUAUAUGUUAAACUGAAUUUCACAAUGUUUGAGCAAGUCUGUCUACAAUGUUUCCAGUUUGAUGUUUUAUAGCUGUGUCACAGUUUAUAGUACAUUUGUGUCGUUGUCUUUUGAUUCCUAACAAUUCCUUCCAUGGCCAAAUGGAACUGAUUUAUUUUCACAAUUAUUUUAUGAUUACUGAAAAUACCCAAUAUGCUGAUCUGUAUUCAAUUUAAUAAA